UAUUCUUUCAUUCAUUUUUCUAUGUAAUAAGCAUAGCAAUAUUAAUAAUCCUUUUCUUAAUACUCAAAAAAAUUUAAUUCCCUUUUCAAUAUGAGUAUGAUUGUAAUAACUCUUGCUCUCUUAUCCUCCCUUUUGAUUCAAGGGUCCCUUGGAGAGGUGAUGUGCGAGGAACUAAAUAAAGAGGAAUGCGCGUUUGCAGUAUCAUCUACUGGUAAACGUUGCGUGCUAGAGAAGUACGUACGAAGAAGUGGUAUGGAGGCGUAUAAGUGCACCACCUCAGAAAUUGAAGCUGAUAUGCUUAAGGAUUUGGUUGAGAGCAACCAUUGUAUUGAGGCUUGUGGUUUAGAUCGUGAUACAUUAGGAAUUUCUUCCGAUUCUCUUCUUGAGUCUCGCUUUACUCAAAAGCUUUGCUCUCCACAAUGUUACCAAAGAUGCCCUAAUGUUGUUGAUCUUUACUUCAAUCUGGCUGCUGGUGAAGGUGUAUAUCUUCCAAAAUUAUGUGAGACACAAAGAGAGAACCCAAGGAGAGGAAUGUCUGAAAUUAAGAGCUCCGGAAUUGUAGCCUUAGGACCCGUUUCAAGUAUCCAUGGAUCUAAAUUCGAUGGUGCUCAAGUUGGAUCCAAUUCCAUUGCCCCAGCUUUAUCUCCUGCAUUUGACAUUGCUCCAGCUUUGCCUCCUUUUUAAUUACCUAACAAGAGAAUUAAUUUAUUUGCUGAACAUAAUAUUUAAAGAUUAAGGCUUCAGUAUUUUUGUUUCAAAGAAAAAAAAAAAUUAAUUCCUACACAUGGGAGACAUAUAAUUGCCUUGUAUGAAAGAGCAUGGUUGUUGGUCACUUUAGAAUUUAUAAUUUUGUUACAAAAUUGUAUUGUAUUUCUACAUAUAUAUGUCAAUGUAUAUUAUACUUGCCAUC